AUGUCUCGUUUCCCGGAAGACUACGUUCGCGAAGAGUUGGCGGUUGAUGAAUAUCGUCAAUUAGAGCAAACGUUGGAUGGUUUUGGUGCGGACCAAGGUGUAUGGUUAGGACAGUCGGAGGCUGAUGAUACUCUUGCUGAUUUGGAUGAGGAAGAUGCGCAAUAUCUCGACAGUCUAUUAGCUCCGGAGAAUGUGGAGGCCGGGCCAAGUUCCAGUCGUCGUUGUGGAAAGGUUUUUGAGCACUUGGUUCGCGAGGUGACACCGAUCGUGAUGGGUUUGAGGGCUCCGAGCGCGACUACUAAUCUUCGUAAGAAUCGGAGUAGGAAAGCCGAAGCAGUGAUUGAAGAGAGUUCUAACGAGACUUGUUUCUCGCACGGUCAUGGGAAGUCGGUGAGCACUUUGAAAUCGUUGAAGAAAAUGUUUACACAAUGUCAGCUGCCUGCCGACGUAGAGUUUCUUGUGCCUGAAGCGCACGAACGUCCUUCUGAUUGUCCUGAUGGAUACAUAUGUGUUUACGAACCUUACUUCACAGAGUGCGGGCUCUGGUUUCCUCUUCCUAAAUUUCUCACGAGUUAUUGUAGUCGGCGGAAUAUCGCGUUUUCUCAGCUGUCUGUGGCUAGCAUUCGGAAUGCGGUCGGUCUCGUAAUAAUGGCGGCGGAGGAGAAUAUAGUUGUGAAUCUUAACCUUUUCGAAGAGGUUACUACGUUUUCGAUUGGACAGAAAAAUCCGGGCAUUGUUUGCGCAAGUUCGAGGCGACGUUUUAAGAUUGUUUACGGUGCUAAGAAGAAGACGAAUAAUUGGAGGAAACGUUACUUCUUUGUGAAGUUAAACGAAGCGUCGGUUGAAGAUAUUCAUCUGUCUUGUGAUAACGUGUGGAAGAUGGAUCCUGGGUUUGCAGAACGGCCAGACGGGUUGACUGACGGUGAUCGUUCAAGUCUUGAUAUUCUGCAGGCGAAGAGAGCUUUAUCUUGGCCGCACGUUCUUGAUCAUUUUCGUACUUGUUCCUACUCGUGUUUGAGGAUGGGUGAUUGCGUUCUUCCAAGUUACGCUGAUCAGUUUGAUGAAGAUGUCGUGCCUUUGCUCGGGGACGGUCCGCAGGGGUUGGCUGACGAGACGGGUCAGGAUGUGGUCGUCGAGGUAGUCGAGGCAGAAAACGCGCGUGCCGAGCCGGAUGCGUCUCGUCGAGCUAGGUCGGCAGAAGUGGAUGCCGCUCGUGCUGGGAAGAAAGUCUCGAGAGGGGCGACGGGGAGUGCUCCUCCACCUGCCAGGGGUGGACGUUCGCGGAAGAGGACUUCGCGUCGCAGUCCUGAAGCUAGGUCGUCGAACGUCGGAAGGUCUGCCAGGCGCGAUGAACCAGUUCGGGAAGCCCGCGAAGGAGUCGAUCAUUCGUUUUCUUUCAACUACGGCGCGAAGAAUCACAUGUUUCAUAAUGAUGGGGAUGCUUGCGCGGAGUUGGCGAGUAAGAUUCGCGGUGAUUUCGUUGAGUUUCCUCGCGUCGAUUCUCUUCUUGGGGUGGAUCUCUAUCGUGACGUAGCUCGUCGGAGUUUUCAGUCGCUGAGCCAGAUGAACCGCUUGGUCGGUUUUUAUGAGGAGAAGGUGAGGGCCGCUAUGAGGGAGAAUGAUCUGCUCAAGGCUGCUCUGGAGGCUGCCAAGAGGUCCGUCGCUGCUCGUACGGGGGACUACGAGAAGGCUCGUGACGAGAUUGCUGCAGUAGAGCGUCACAAGGCGGAAGUGGAGAUCGCGGAUAACCAUGCUCGCAUAGAGCGGAUGAGAAAACAUAUAAUCGGUCUGCGAGCCCAGAGUAUUCCUAAGUAUACGCUCUGCCAGGUGAAAGGGAUUCAGGAAUGCCUUGAGAAGAUGAUCAAGAAAGGGACGGUUAUUCCUGAGGAGAGGAUGGCGAGAUUGGCGGCGGAUCGUCCGGCUUGGCAGCGGAAGUUUGACGAGAUUGUGGUUCCGGACAUUUUCGAGAGCGACCUCGACCCUCUUCAGAUGCCACCAAGAAACGGCGCUAGAGGUGCCAAUGAGUGAUUCGCCUGUUACUUGUCUCGUAUGCUUUCGUUUUAUUUCCCUUUCUUUCGUUGUUAUGAACUUUGUCCGGCCGUUUGUGGCUCGUUGGACCGGCGUUAUGUAUUUUCGGCCCUCUGUUGGG